UGGGUCUGCAAGGACCUUUAAAUUGUGCGUUUUUUGCCCCCUUUAGGUCUUAAAAGCAUAUCUGAAACGAGUCCCGCCAGUAGAGUUAGCAUUACCAGGCGUCCCUAAGGCGGCGGAGAGUCGAGGUGGGUGCGCUGGGUCCAUGCCGUAUAAACGUGACUCAGUGCGCACCAUGUGGGCAGAGACGCGCCUAUGAGAGAGCGCAGUCUGUGAGCACGGUGCCUUUCACGCAGUAGAGCCCCGGCCGGCUGAUAGGAGGACUGAGCAGGCGCACUCCGCUCAAGUCUUAUGAAACCAUCUGCGAAGAAGGAAAGCUGCAGGAUAAUACCGGUGCAGCUUGAUUCACCAUCACCCGCAAUAAAAUAUAGGGGAGAAGAAAUGGUGCGUCUACCGGGGAAGACUUAGGCAUCACCCAGGGGAUCACAUUCCGAGGCCAAGAGUUGAGGAUGGGUCCGAAUUCCAUCCACUGGUUCCGGAAGGGCCUGCGUCUCCAUGACAACCCAGCCCUGAAGGAGGCCAUCCGGGGAGCCUCCACAGUGCGCUGCGUCUACUUCCUGGAUCCCUGGUUUGCCGGCUCCUCCAACCUCGGAGUCAACAGAUGGAGGUUCCUCUUACAGUGCCUGGAAGACCUUGAUGCCAACCUUCGAAAACUCAACUCGCGCCUCUUCGUCAUUCGGGGACAGCCUGCCAACGUGUUCCCCCGGCUUUUCAAGGAGUGGAAAAUCUCCCGCUUGACCUUUGAGUACGACUCUGAGCCCUUCGGCAAGGAGCGCGAUGCUGCCAUUAAGAAGCUGGCGAAGGAAGCGGGGGUGGAGGUGAUCGUGAAGAUCUCCCACACGCUGUACGACCUGGACAGAAUCAUCGAGCUGAACGGGGGGCAGCCCCCACUGACGUACAAGCGUUUCCAGACCCUGAUCAGCCGCAUGGACCCCCCCGAACUGCCUGUGGAUCCCCUUUCAGAGGUUUUCAUGGGGAAGUGCGUCACCCCAGUCUCAGACGACCAUGGAGACAAAUAUGGGGUGCCUUCGCUAGAGGAGCUAGGGUUCGACACAGAAGGCCUGCCAUCAGCCGUGUGGCCUGGAGGAGAGACCGAGGCCUUGACCCGGAUAGAGAGACACCUGGAGAGGAAAGCCUGGGUUGCCAACUUCGAAAGACCAAGAAUGAAUGCCAACUCCCUGCUGGCCAGCCCUACCGGCCUUAGCCCUUACCUGCGUUUCGGCUGCCUCUCCUGCCGCCUCUUUUACUUUAAACUCACCGACCUCUAUAGAAAGGUGAAGAAGAACAGCUCUCCACCCCUCUCUCUGUACGGGCAGCUCCUGUGGCGGGAGUUCUUCUAUACGGCAGCUACCACCAACCCGCGCUUCGACAAGAUGGAGGGCAACCCCAUCUGCGUGCGCAUCCCCUGGGACCGCAACUCCGAAGCUUUAGCCAAGUGGGCCGAGGCCAAGACUGGUUUCCCCUGGAUCGACGCCAUCAUGACCCAGCUCAGGCAGGAGGGCUGGAUUCACCACCUGGCCCGGCACGCGGUGGCCUGCUUCCUGACCCGGGGGGACCUGUGGAUCAGCUGGGAGGAGGGCAUGAAGGUGUUUGAAGAGUUGCUGCUGGACGCAGACUGGAGCGUGAAUGCUGGGAGCUGGAUGUGGCUGUCGUGCAGCUCCUUUUUCCAGCAGUUUUUCCACUGCUACUGUCCCGUGGGCUUCGGGCGCAGGACAGACCCCAACGGCGACUACAUCAGACGAUAUUUACCUGUUCUCCGAGGUUUCCCUGCCAAGUACAUCUACGACCCCUGGAAUGCCCCGGACUCGGUGCAGAACGCAGCCAAGUGUGUCAUCGGCGUCCAUUACCCAAAGCCCAUGGUGAACCACGCGGAAGCCAGCCGCCUGAACAUCGAGAGGAUGAAGCAGAUCUACCAGCAGCUGUCUCGGUACCGCGGGCUCGGCCUGCUCGCCUCAGUGCCUUCCAACCACAACGGCAACGGGAACGGCGGGAUGAUGGCGUACUCUCCCGGGGAGCAGCAGCCUGCCCACGGCACCACGUAUGGGGCAGCGCCAGGCAGUUCUGUAGCAAGUGGGAACGGAAGCAGCAGUAUUCUCUUGAACUUCGACGGUGAAGAGCAGCCCGGACCAAGUGGAGUGCAUCAUGGCUACCACACAGUUUCUGAGCCUGGCCAGGGCAGUACCAGUCACCGCUUGUACCAGUCCAGCGGGUCCCAUGAGUUUGCUGUGCCCCAGCACCCAGGUCGCUGGGCACACGGCGGCGCCGGGGGCGGGAGCAGUGCGCCGGGAAAGCGGGAGCGAGAGACGGAGCGCGACGCGGCGGGUGACGAGGAGGCCCGCUCCUCCGCGCUCAAGGUACAGCGCCAGUGUAACGAGAAGAGUGAAGAUCUGCAGGAUGUGAACAUGGCGUCUUACUGAGUUUCAUCCCCUGAUCAGCUAAACCUGGAAAAAAUGAAAAAAAAAAACUUUUGUAUAUUUGUCUUAUUUUUCAAGAAAAAAAAGAAUGUCGCAGAUAGUAUUUAAUAUUCUGUACACUUUUGUAACAAAACAAAUCUUUUUAUUUCUCUGUGAAAACCUUGCUUUCAGAGAUCUCUGAGGUCAGGAAACACUUUUUUUUUUUGGUUGUUUUGGAAACCCAUGGAUUCAAAGGUGAAAAGCUGUGACUUAGCUCUUCUUUGAUUUUAUUUUCUUUUUUUUUUACAAAAUACGGUAAGCUUCUUGUGAAGCGGUGCCAGCAGUUAAUGAGACCUCAGUAGACUGGCCCAAGACAGAGUAGAACUGUGAAGUCCUGUGUGUUAUUUUUGUAGCAGGGUCGAAGCAGGAAUCAAGAGUUUUCAAGGGAAUCCAAUGACAAAUAUGCAGAACAUGUGUGCACCCUUCUUUCACUUGUGUCUAUUUUGCAUUGCAUUUUUUAAGACAGUUCUUACACCGUGGUAUGAGCGUGAUUUCAUAAUUGACCAGCUGAGAUUCAUAGUUUAUAGUUUGGGCGUCGGAGAGGAAUGUGCAUUGCGAUAAUGAGUAGGACAGGGUUUGAAAUGGUGAGAAGAACCUCAGGCUGAAACCAGAGGAGGUGCUAAAGCCAGCGGGCCAGCAGCUAGAGGCCUGAAAUGGCCACCUCGGCGUAAAUAUUUGUUUUGACCAGGAAAUGGACUUUAAUGUGAUGGAUACUUUUGUGAGAUGGUCCUUCAAUUCAGUGAAGAUUAGGGGAUCUUGAAAGGGGAAAUUGAUCAAAGUUUAACCGCAGGCAGUUCUUCUUGCCAGAAACUAUACAAGCCAUCGUAUAUCACAUGAUUACAAUAAGCCCCCGUUCAUACGAGACAUUGCGCUUCUGAAAGAUGUACAACUGUAUUGGCGUUGUUCUUUUAGAAAACUGUUGCGUUCCUAACCAGUGAAGCUGCAUACAAAAACAAUCAAAUGAAUAAAAAGGUUGUGUAAGAAGAAUACACUUUCAUUGCUGGCAUUAAAACCGUAGGACGGUGGUAAGCGUCAAUGUAGAAAAAUCUACAGGUAGAGUGGUCAUACAGAAGUUGAAAAGCAGUUGCUAUGCUGGUGCUGCCAUUCAGCUGUCAUUUUGUUUGGCUGAGGCCUGCUGUAUGUGACUGUCUUGCAGGAGCUUGGUUUGUGCUGUCUUACUACUUGAUUAAGGCACUUAUGUACUGUAUGAGCAAGUUAGUUAACGUUAGGUUUGUUGUUUGUUUUCUAAUUUAUUUAUUUUUUGUUAGUACAACGGGAUUUGGGUUGCUUGAGUUGUAUUCAGCCACCAAAAACCCACACAGGACCUGCUGUCACCAUUACCAUAGCUAUGAUUUACAUGCCGGGACUCAGAAUCAGGAGGCAAGUGCUUGCACCAAAACUCAAAAUUCAGCAGCACGUUUGCAGGGGUACAUGCCAGAUGAAGGAUGAAGUGGCUUUCCAGUGUUAUUGUCAAGGCUUCUUCAUCAGUGUUCUUAAUCGUCAAAGCAGAACAGAGCAGCUGAAAGGCAAAUCUUCAAGCACCAGCAAAACUUGUCUAUGUGGCCUGCUGAUUGCAGGGGGUCUGAACAAGCUAGUCUGAGGUAUUGAAAGAAAACUCUGUAUCACUGCACACUUAUGUAUAGAGAGCAGGAAAGCUGAGGCAAUUAAAGGUAGGAACCACCCUCUGAACUGAUUUUCUUCACAAAACAUGCUGUACAAACUAACUAAAAUUUAGGCAAUAACCUAAAUUGGUCCCACAAUUGCUGUUCCGGGAGGCAGUUCAUUUCUAUAGGGUACUGGGGAGAACGGAGGAAAGGGCACAAGAAAAUGCAGAGAUGUGUUUUGUUUUCUGCAGUCAGCUAGUGGGAUAGCUGUAUUAACCAGGAACUGAACUGGGGAGGUUAUUGCUGAUGUCCCUCCAUUUGUAUGAAAACUGAAGUAGUUUGCAUUGCAAACUGAGCUAUGGACUUGAAGCAGAUUAAGAAUUUAAGAGCUACUUGGAAUAUUGUACUGUAUGUCUUCUGACAUUUUUUAAAAUAAGAUGGAGAAUGUGACUGCCCCUAAGGGGUCAUUUUCUAUUUUUAAAUUUGUCAAAAGGUCAUGUUACACAUACAGUUGUGUAAAUACAUAUGCAGUAAUCUUUAUUUUUUGAGGUUAUCAAGUAUAGGCUUUUUGUAGGAUUAGUUUACUCUUAAGAUGCCUCUCUACAGAGUACAGAUGUCCCCACAGGAGCUCUGCCAGAGACUUAAAGAUUUGCCUCACAGGAACAUUACUGAUUUAUAAGCUCCCCGAUUUUUCCACAACACCCAGUGCAACUAUAUACAUAACUAAGUGCUUUAUCUUCUGCCUUUUGCAGUGGAUAAAGAAGUAAUUUCAGGGUUCUUUUAAGAAGUCUCUUCCCACAUGGAGUAGUGUAAUUUGAACAUUUUUUGUUUUCCCUGUGUUGAAGGUGUUACUGGUUCCUUGUUCUUUUCUGCAGCUUUUUUUAUCGUAGGGAACUUUUGAAGAAUAUCUUUCUUAACUGUUGUAAGAUGAAAAAUACCAAGAGAUUUAUACUAUAAAUUACAUUAAGUGCUAUGUAAUAUAGAAACAAAACAAGUUGAAAUGUAGCUGUAUGAUCAAGAGAUCAUGGCAAAAGUAAAAUUCUGUUAGCACAGCAAAGCCAGGAAAAAACACAGCCAGAAGGACACUGAUGCAGAGAAAAUGGGAAAUUGGUAAAUGUGAGAACCAUAUUCAAGUUGAUAAAAGCUCUGUAUGGAAAUGUCAUUAUGUUGUAUGUCUUUAAAUUGUCUUACUGUCUGGACAGUAGAUUAGAGUAUGUUUUAAAAAAUUAGUCUGUGUGUUCUAUUUUAAGAAAAACAUUUCAUGUUGUGAAGGAAGUCACUUUUCACCUUUUGUUUCCAGAGAGAUAAAAGCAGCUUUUUAUAAGCAACAAAAAA